AUGACGGACCGUGUGCGACAUGCGACAGGCAACAUUUCUCAGACUACCACCAUUGGUCUGAUUCAAGUGACGCGCCGGAAUUCACUGAUCCAGCAGCUGCUCACGAGACGGCCCGAGGUGGGCAAAUACCUUUAUUCCACGCUGCAAGUCCUCAUCAAGGAGAAACGACGUGGUCCGAUGGAAGCACGCGAACCUCUCGCGCAUUACGCCGCCGAGCAGCUGGUUCAGACUUCGACAGAGAUCUGUUACUGCAUCGAGAGAUGCACUCUCGACAUCCAGGAUAUAAAGGAUAUGACUGAAAAUCUCAUGCGAAUGCUCGAACGUAUUUUGAAACUAGCGCCAGCUGUUGGCUUACCUUUCGCUGUCGACAUCAAAAAGUUCAUAUUCCUGGUCCAAGACAUGGCCUGUGCUCUCCAAGAGGAAGAGAGAGGAAGAAUUUGUCCAAUAGAUUGGACGUCACUCGCUGAAAUCCUCAUGAUGAGAGUCCUAGCCCUCUCUGUGAUUCCUCAGGUCAGGCCGACAGAGCGAAACAUCUUCCGAUACGUUCCGAAAAUGAAGCACAUCAACGGUAUACGAUUGAUAGGGGCUGGGGGCUUCGGCUCAGUCUACAAAGCCAUCUACACACCGUCGGCGACGGUGAUGUGCAUCAAGUUAGUGCCUGAAAACCGAUUACCUGCAAUUGAAUUCGCUGCAUCAGAUAAGCUGGUGGCUUCAGUGAUAAACUCGCCCUUCCUCGUCCACUAUAUAUGCGUCAUUCAAGCCCAAGGAGCUUACGUGACAAUGAUGGAGUACGUUUCGGCAGUGGAUCUCAACAAGGUCCUCACAAUUUCGCAAGUGCUACCCCCGGAGGUUCUUCGCUACGCCGUCGUCCAGAUUUUCUUGGCCAUCGAACACCUGCAUUUGAAGGGUUUCGUACACCGCGACAUCAAGGUCCAGAAUGUGCUUAUCAGAAGCACUGGCCACGUGAAACUUAUUGACUUCGACACAAACAAACUAUGUCUGUCUCAUUUUGUCAAAAACCGAACGUUGACCGCCUUCUUCAAAAGAACUUCAAAAGAGUUCCGGGACUCGGAGGUAGCGGGAACACUCCCAUACGUGGCGCCCGAAUCUUUCAAGGGCUACCCCUACGGUCGUGCUCUGGACUGGUGGGCGCUCGGGGUGACGGUCUAUCGACUCCUGAUCGGUCGCUUACCUUUCCGGGCGUCCAACGAAGAGGAGCUCAAGGAGAAGGUGCUGCACCAUCGACCGGAUUGGUCGGGUUUCGCUUCUCCGAGCACCGAUGCCCGCGAUUUCGCCACUCAACUAUUACAGAAGAACCCAAUGCGCCGGUUGGGCUCAGGGAGUUCCUACAGAGAAAUCAGAGUCCAUCCACUUUUCCAAGGCAUAGAUCUACAGGAUUUCCACAAAGAAAGUCAUUUGUGCGAUGUUCCUUAUGUUCGGGAAGCUAUGAACCCAGACAAUCCCUCCCGUGGGGCUCAUUCCCCUCUAGCUUCAAGAGGAGCUAGAAGUCGAGUCGUCUUGGAGUUGAGACACGUCAGAGAUGCGAAUAUUGGCUCUAUGAAACCGAUCUUGACAUUCGCAUCGCCUGGCUUCAUGAAUUUGAUGGACAGAUUGAUUGCCAUGAAGAGUCAAGGGCGAAAUGAUCCUGUGUGUUGUGAGGAUCGGAAACUGUACGGAUUGGGUACCUUGAGCUCGGAUCUGAAUUACGAAUGGGAUGCUCAUGACGCUAGAUCCUACAACACCUUGACUUCUAUCGAAGGCAUCUUGGGGUUGAAGCGGUUCACUCGCAUAAAAUUGAGAGCUGACCAUCGUAAUUUGUUCGGGAAGUAUGUAUAUGACAUUGAUUUGAGAGAAGUGAGCGGUGCUCUCGGACUCUGUGCUUUUGUCCGGAAAGUCGCGAGCAGGUACCAGAGAGGGAGUCUCCUGAUAGGGGAUAUCAUCUAUUCUAUCGACGACCUGAAAAUCAGCGAAGGGUUGAAGCGGAUACGGAAAUAUAUGAAAGGGAAAAGUCAUGUGCGAGCAAGCGUAUUCUCCGUGAAUGCUUUCCGGCUCACGAAUCAAGGCAUCGACGUACCGGUCACGUUUGGACGCAUCGGCCACAGAGAUCUGCUGGUGACGCGAGAUGUCAAACGGCUCAUGGACAUCGUUCCGGCAUUCGAAAUUUUCACAAUGCGGGUCCUUCCGGUGAACCGGAGACCUCUCCAAAGUCACAUGAUUGCCAGUCUCCAUGAAAAUUUCGGAGUCAUCCUCCCGACAGACGAGUACCUCUACGUCGGCGACGUGUUGCUGUCGAUAAAUGGUGUUUCGACGGCUAUCCUAGAGACACCCGACGACCUCAUAGAAGCGAUGAGCAGGAUAAAGAGUAAUGAGGUCAUGAUAACAGUGCUUCCGAUAUCUCCCCUGAGAUAUCCCCCCGAUUAG